GAAGGACAGUCUACGGGACAUCACGAAAUGUUUAUUUAAGAAUUUAUAAACAUAUUUCGAAAUGCAAAUCGAGAAUCGAGUACCAAAAAACAUUUUUUUUUUUGCUACAGUAAGCUGCAGAAGUGAUGCAAACAGCUGUAAUGUGAAUCGUAACUGACCUCUGAAUUAAUUUUACUCCCUUCAGAAGCGUAGGCGAUCGACCAGAUGCAGAACUAAAGUAAACCAACGAUUUUUUUCAGCAGCACCACGCCAUCAUGUUUUCUUCGAAGAGUCAUGUUCUGUAUAUGUUAUUGUCGCUGGCUGGGUAUCUUGGAAGCCAUCAUCAAGGAUUAAUUCAAGCCAAAGAAAUCCAAGUUAUAUCGUCUGCGACGAUUAAAACGUCAUUAGACGUUCAAGUAAAAAGUUCUAUGAAGAUGUACGGUCACCGAGAGGACAUUGCUUCAGAAACAGCAGCUGCAAGCUUUACAACAGAAGCAAUUUAUUCAACGUUUCACGUGCCAACUGCGCAAAUAACCAUCCUAGAAAGUGCAACUGCUUCAUCAAAAAAUUCAAAGCAACCACGGACAACGAAGCAAAGUGUGCAUGUCUAUUCUUUGGCCUCACAUGUCGUCUCGUCCAUAACGGUUCUUCCAGGGGCAAGUAGACUUCAUUCUUCGGUUCAACCAUCUCGCGUAGUAUCCUACUCAAGGAAUUUCACCACUAUUUUCCCGUCAAAUUCAUCUGGUUAUCCCCACAGAAGCGAGAAUUCUGCCAUCGACGGCUGUUCUGCGGGAAACGUUGGUGAAAAAUCGUGCGAUACAUACGUAACUCGAUGGGUCGACUUUUAUCUUAAUGUUGGAGGGUGGAUAAUGCUCUCAGUAGUUCUUGUCGGAAUUGCCGUCCUGGUCACAACUCACAUCCACGGGAGAAAAAGAAGAAAAGAAAUCAAACGGUUACCGCAAUUGAUGUACCGGGAACUGACUCGUAAUAGGGGACGCUGGGUGUAGAAAGCGAAGUCGAAGGUGUAGAUUAAAAAAUAUCGGAAAUAUCGGCAAGACCUACUGAGCCUGUUGCCACGUAGUAAUCGUAAUGCCUUUACACUCACUAUAUACUAUGAAGUUAACAUAGAUAACGUCCAAGUGUUAGUUGCAUACGAUCUCUUCAAUGAGAACGCACGCCACAAAUGACUUCUUCCAGUUUCAUGUAAGAUGAAUAUUUUUAUAGAGUGCAUGACCAGUAGAUUCCUGAAUAAGACUAGAUCUAACCAAGCUAUCGACCGAGUGGAACUAAUGGCGCUAUCUGUGACUAGUUUGAACCAAGGUCGAAUCGGACGUGCCAACUUACACUGAGGUCGCAAGCGUGUUUCUCUGCCGGUCCUGCCAUCGAAACUGAGAUAGCAGAAUUUACAUUUACGAGACUUCCGAUACACAAUCAUUGCAGCAUCAAACUUCAAGGUCCACAAAAACAAAGAACCCGCUUUUCAGGAUUUAGAAAUGAGAGACCAGAGUAGAAGGUGAAAUAAUUACUAUCACGUUUUCUCAAAAUUAAUGCACACAUAGGAAUCUGCAUGUCCAUGCCACCGUUUCAAGAUGUCAAACGUGGCGUCCUAUAGGUCUAGACGUGUUUGUAAUGGUAGAUAGUAAAAUUUGCUAAAUUCAUAUCAUGCUUAUAUAUAUUUGCUUUGAAAAAAUCUAUUACAAUAUGCAAUACAA